AUGGCGGUCGACGAACUCGACUUUGCCAAUCUUAACGACGAGGCUUGGGCUGAUGUCGAGGCCCGUGACGAAGCCGCCAUCAAGAAGAUCAACAACGCUUUUGAGGACGGCGAACUCAAUGGCAUCAUCGGCAAUGUCGCAUCAGGCGGCGCCAUCGACCAGGCCGACAAAGCCGACAAUGCUAUCGACUUUGAAGACAUGGAUUUGAGCGACGAAGAUGACCUACCCGAGGAGGAGGAAGCGACGGGCCCGCCCUUGGACGCUAAUGACGAUGAGGACGACCUCUUUGGUGACGCCGGCUUCAGGUCCUCCCCGGAACCCGCUGACGGGCUAAACGACGAUAACGACGCCGAUUCCAAUGCUCCUGAUGCAGACGGUAUGGAUAUUGACGAGCCUUCCAAGUCGCUGGAGGAACUGCGGGCCAUGAACUUCGACUUUGAUCAUGACCCUGGCCUGGACGAAACCAACCAAGAUCCCAACAUUCCGGCCCCUGCCGAGAAUCUCGUGGAAGCCGUCAAGCAAGCCUACCCGGGAUUCAAGGAGAACUCUGUUCUGCCUUGGAACGAACUUUUGCGCCCCAAAGUUGCCACCUGGAUCUCCAAGAAACCUCUGAAGCCUCCCAAGCACCUCGUGCCGAGCAAACUGAGCUUGGAUUUGGAGGCUGAUCAGGAGAAGCUUUUCAGAAUUCCCGGCACUGCCAUGUAUUCGGUAUUUCAGAGGAUCAGAGAUGCCGAGGCGCGCGGUCUGUGGUCUCUAGAGGAGUAUGAGCCCCUGGAGCAAGCCGAUAUUGAGGUGUUCAGCGUGGACGAUGGGGAGUCUGGCGAUGAGAAAAUAGGCGGGUACACCCUGCGCGACAUCGCCCUUGUGUGCGAUGACUGGGACAGCGUCGUCGGGCUUGCCGAACUCCAAAGCCAAAACCAGGUCGACUCCGUCACUGAAGACAGGCACAUUAAGUCUGAGCCUGACGAAGAUGACGAAGACGACGAGUGGGAUAGAAUGUUUCUGGAUAACCAGCCUGCCUCGAAGAAACGGCGGUUGGAGAUACCAAAAGGCCUCCCGCCUAUCCCAACCUUUACAGCACCGAACUUUGACAAUUACGAACAAGCUGCCUCCAAGCUCGGGAAGCGCGUCAUACUGGACAUGAACGACCCGUUCCUUCUUGUGGAUGAUGUCGAGUCGUCAGAACGAGCCGCCAAGAGACGCAAGACCCAGCACAAGACGGUCCGCCUGGCAAAUGGACGCCUUGGCCGCGAAUUGACCCAACGAUUCAACUUUUCUUCGGACCAGGCCUACGAUGCCCUCAAGGAAAACGCUCAGAGCAAGGUUCGCGCGACGUUGGCGCCCAUUCCCGUCGAGCACAGUAUGCCUGCCCAGCGGCUGUCUUGGCCAUAUUACAAGGUCAAGCUUACUGCCAGCGACCCGCACAGUUAUCACCGGCCGCAAUUCCAUCCAAAGAAGGAUGGUCAGCAUCUCAUCAGGUUUUCCAAGCCUCAGCCUACAAAACGCAAGUUGAUGAGGGCCAAGAAGAUUCCAGAGGCCUUCAGGACAUCUGCCGACCUCUCAAUGAACGACAGCUCCACCGCUGUACUACUGGAGUACUGCGAGGAGGUUCCCAUUGUACUUUCCAACUUCGGCAUGGGUCAAAAGAUCAUCAACUACUACCGUCGCUCAAAGGGCACUGACUCCAACUCUAAGGGAGAGAAGAGGGAGCUCGGCGAGAACUGUGUCUUGAUGCCUGAGGACCGGUCUCCGUUUGCCAUGGUUGGCCAGGUACAUCCGGGCGAAACUGUGCCUACUCUUCAUAACCAGAUGUUCCGAGCCCCCAUCUUCAAGCACAGCCCGAGAAAGACUGAUUUCCUCGUUGGUCGCAGCUCCACCGGCAAAUCAGGGGCGAGCUGGUACAUUCGCAACAUUGAUCAUCUCUUCGUCGUCGGUCAGAUUCUUCCCUCGAUGGAAGUGCCAGGACCUCACUCCCGGCGUGUGACCAACAUUGCCAAAAACCGCCUCAAGAUGGUUUCAUAUCGCCUGCUCAGGAACAGCGACAAUGUCACGCUCAGCGAUAUCACAAAGCACGUCGCCGAGUCCAACGAGUCACAGAACCGUCAGAAGCUCAAGGAAUUUUUAGACUUCCGCAAGGAGCAGCGCAACUGGACGCUCAAGGAAGGCGACGAAAUGUUGCCGGAAAGCGAGAUCCGGUCGCUUGUUAGGCCUGAAGAGGUCUGCCUGUUGGAUGCCAUGCAGGUGGGCGCACACGAACUCGAGAACGGCGGCUAUGAAGUUAAUGACAGCAUGGUCAACGAUGAGAAUGAAGCCGGUGACGAGCUACCUCCGGAUGCACUUGCUAAUAAAAUGGCGCCGUGGAGGCUCACCAAGGCUUUCAUUGAUGCGAGCCAUGGCAAAGCCAUGAUCGCUGUUCACGGUGCGGGAGACCCGACGGGCAAAGGUCUCGGCGUCAGCUACCUCCGCACCUCGAUGAAGGGUGGUUUCCUAGAGCAGCUUCAAGGUCCCAAUGCUACAUCCGCCGAUGCCAUAGAGCGACAACGGAAGGCUAACGGCGGGCACAUGUACAACGUCAAGAACCAAGACACGCUGUACAGUGAAGCUCUCAAGGAUAUCUGGAACCGCCAGCGAGAAAGUCUGCAGGAUGCGCAGGAGCACGAUGACGACGAUGUUUUGGCACAGGAAGACGAGGAUGAUCGCUUCAACACCCAGAGUCAGGCUCCUUCCCGCCCGGCCGUCCCCGAUGGCGUCAGCCAGAUCAGUCAGAGCCAUGCCAGCGCUGUGGGUGGUGGCAGAAAGCUGAAGAUCACCCGGCAAAUCAAGGAUGAGAACGGCGAGCUUAAAACUGUUGAAGAGGUCGUUCACGACCCCGUGGUCAUCAAUCAAUACCUGAAGAGGAGGCGCCAACAAGCCAUGGAGAAGAUCGACUUUGACAAUAUCAAGCUUACCGGAGACAAGGAAACCGAUACGCUCAUUCUUGAAAAGUUAGUAUCAACCUACCAUUGCAGUGCACGGAAACUAACACGUUUUGGCAGAGCUGCGAUUGAGCUCGAGCGUCUACAGAAGAACAAGAUCCGAACAGCCAAACGCACCAAGCAGAAGGAUCUUCAGCAGCGCAUGAAGGAAGGCGGCGCCGACGGCCCCGAUUCACCCGGUCCCGGCGGAGAAAAGGUCCCGGGCACGACGAGGAAGUGCGCGAACUGCGGCCAGGUCGGCCAUAUCAAAACCAACAAGAAGCUCUGCCCGCUUCUCAAUGGGUCUCGACCCCGCGAGCAGAACCCCGACGACGCUGCUGGACUUGCAUCUGGCGACGCGCCUGUUGCGGCCAGUUUCAUUCUUUGA